AUGAACUUUGUGCCCUGCGCUUGCCGUGCGUGGUCGUUUCCUCGUGAACACACCGGAAGCUCCCCACCGAAACGCUUCUCGCGCCCAAGUCGUUGCGCAGCGGUCUAUGCAACUGGUCGGGGUGGCGACCCCGCUACCCCGCUGACCUUGAGUACCGUUACUGCACACGCGCUUCAGCGAGGGGUUCGGCUGCUGAACCGCAGUCUGGGGCCAUUGCUUCGCAUCGAGGCAUAUGUCAGGGUCGCUGCUAGCACAGAGCGUGCUGGACGUUCCUCGCAGUCGACCCGGGGCCAAGUCACUGCAGCGACGACGGCAGCAACUGCUCCAGCGCAGCGUCGGCGCACUGACGUUGCCCCAGACUGCGAGAACUGGGUACUCGCGGGCUACGUCAGCGCACUCUGUCUGGCGCCCCUGCUUCGUCGGACGCAGGUAGAGCGCAUUGAGCUUGUGAGCGAGCGCCCGACGAACACACCGCGAGUCACAUCGAAGUUGCUGGCUGUAGCUGCAGCUUGUGAGGCGUUGCGAAAGGGCGCACCGCACUGCUACUUCUUGGCUAUAGACGACGGCUUCCAUCGUCACCAGAAACUUGUUCGAUAUUUUGAGCGUUUAGGGUUCCAGCGUGGACGGCGCGUGACGGACGGUGUGCUCGAUCGCCUGCUCUGGGGAGGCUGCGGUACGGUCAUGGUUGGUGAUCUAGCGGAACUGGCUACACGCUGGUGGCAGGAUCUGCAGGCUGGCGAGCACAAGCAAAGCCUUUAA